AUGAAGCAGGAAAUCAUAACCGACUCUGAUCAGUUAGAACAAACACAGCCUCCAGUAUGUACCGAAAAGAAGGAAACCGAAGAAACUUCUGACUUGUUUUCGUCAUUACCUAACUCAUUUUUGGGUGAUCGGGAGAACUCAACAGUCUGUGCUCCUUACGAACCUCGUGAAGAUGGGACCUUCUAUGCUACUACCAGGUUCUUAUAUGAGUCCAUACUAAAUGAAAAUGAACCGCAAGAAGUGAACAAUGAGAAUGAGGCACCACGGGAACUAUCCGCUGACACGGAUACCUUAUUCAGCAAGUUUGAUAGUCUACCCAGCAGUUCAAACUGUACGUUCGAUGUUCCCCGUGAAUCAUCAAUGGAACAGAAUGCAGAUAAAAACCCAUUGCCAGCAAAAAGGAGAUGUGUAGUUACUUCGGAGACAGCUCCUGACGUUCCUCCAGAUGCCGGAGAAAGCCAAACACUUGUAAAUGAUCAUUCCAAUACACCUCCUCCACCGCCACCUGCGGAUUACCCAGCACCUCGGUUAUCAUUGAAUAGAAGAUUUUCCAAACUGUAUGAAAAUAAUGAGAAUCACAUUGAUGUUUCCUCCUUCAAACUGCCCAGGAUUCUAACUAUACGGCAAGAACAUGAUCUGUUAUCGGCCGUCUGGGAUGUGUUAUACAAAUGA